CACCACCGCUAGCAGGAGCGCGCACACACGUGCACUUCUCGCGCACCUCGCAUUGAGAAGGCUACAAACAUCCCGGUAGACAUGCUGCCGGACCAAUAGUGACUCAAUUGCAGUGCGUGUGUUCUGGAAAAAACAACAUUCAUGAGACACUUUGGGAUGAAUCAGAACAUGAGAUCGGGGUGAAUAUUUCCACAGAUCCACAGGGUCCUUCUGGCAGUUUGGAUGUGAUCCCCCCGUCCACCCUACUGCUCCUCUCCUGUCUCCAGCAGCUUUCACGCCCCUCUGCCCGUGAGCCAUGGUGGGCUUCUGGACGCUCCUGGGCCUCUACUUGGCCGUGAGCUGCCUCUCGACUCAGGCUGCCCCGCUCGCGCCCGAGGCUCAGGGGACCUUCCCGCCGGGGGCCCUGGGCUGCACCGCUCGACAGGACGGACAAGCACAAGAACAAGCCGCGGACGGAUUAGAAGCACGGCACGCCCAGCGCUGGAGCCAGGAGUGCCCGUCUGUGCCAAGGCUUGCGCAGGCAUUGGUGCCCGCCGCAGAAGCUGAAGCUACCGCAGCUCGACUCACGGAGGGAGGCCCAGAAACGGCAGCCAGGGAGGAGGAGGAAGAGGAGGAGAAGGAGGGUAGGAUCCCGGAGGGGCUGGUGCAGGAAGAGGCUAGAGAGGAGGAGGCACGAGGCCAGGUGACACUAACCACCACCUCCACCACCACCACCACCACCAUCACCACCACCACCACCACCACCACCUCUAUGGCUGCUGCCGGGUCGGUGGCCACACAGAGCUCUGUUGAGGAACGACGGAGCAGCUCAGCGCUAGUCACCUCCACACCCUCAACUGCCGCCGAGCAGCAGGUGCCAUGGCAACGACCAGACAGGCUCGCAGACCGGCACAGGGACGCAGCAGAGCCAGGGGACAGGGUGGCCGAGGAGGAGGCGGAGGAAGAGGAGGAGGAGGGUGAAGGCGAGGGGGUGGCACACUUCUUACACUCCGUCUCAGUCACAGUCUCUCCUGCAACAGACGGCAAGAGAGGCAGAGCCGCUGCCUACGCUGCCACUGCCGCCGCCGCCGUUGCCACUGUGCCACCCAGUGCCAAGCCCGCCAUGCCAACGGCAGCGCCACCCUCCGAAGGGCCGUCUGGCCGCGAGACAGAUGGCUGGGGAGAGACACAGAUGGCCCAGCAGAGCGGCGACCCCGCACAGGCUGGGGGUCAGGCCACGAGGGGGCAGCGGUCAGGCAGCCACGCACAUACCCCGGGCACGCCUAGGGGGGCAACACCAGAGGGGCACUGGGGCGGAUACGAGGGCCAGUGGGAGGCGACGCUGACCCGGGCUCCCCAGGGCAUGCUGACGCCCCCAGACUCGGAGAGCGGGAGAGGAGUAGUGGCCACGGCUGCAUCAGCGCCUCCAUCCUCCUCCGUCCAGCACGGUCUCCUCAGCCCCUCUCUCCAGCCUGGUGACAGCACAUCCUCAGUGGAGCGGAUGAGCGAGGAAGCGGGCGCAGGGGCCACCUCUCCUGCCUCAGGACCGGACUGGGCUUCCCAGCUGCCGAUCUUCACCCCGAGAUCAGAUGCUCCAGUGGCUGAGACCUGGACAGAGACGGUGAGCCUGCAGGGAGCAGAGGGAAUUGGUGUGCUGUCGUCCUCUCAGGAGGUUGGCAUGGAGCCAGCCAUGUCCUCCGAGGACCUCCCGCUCAUCUUUGAGCCCUUUGACGAAGCCUCGCCGGAGGGGGGCACGGCCACGGCGCCCCCUGGUGGGAGUGUGCUGGCAUCGCAGCCGCCAGCCCCUGCCGAGCUGGCAACAGGCACACUGAUGGAGGCAGACCUCGGGCGAGUGGUUACCAUGGACACAGACCGAGCCCUCUCGGAUAUCCCUCCCCCGGGGGCUGCCGAGUGGCCGUCACCAUGGCAAACGUCUGGCGUGGAGAUGGCGGAGGCUGCCGAGCCGUCACGGUGGCCAGUCAGCACAGUGUAUCCCAGGGCACCAGCAGACCACACAGGUGCUGACAUCACUCAGAACCCCGGGAGGACUCCUCCCACCAUCUCUGCCACCCUAUCAGCCAGCGUCACUCAACAACGCCCCAUGGCAACUGUUACCAAGGCAGCACUCUUUCCAGCGGCCAGACCCAAAUCUGGGUUGGAGGAGCUGGAAUCUGAGGAAGAGGAGGAUGAGGAGAACGAGGACACAGAGGACUCAGAGGAGGAGGAAGAGGAGAGUGAUGAGGAUCUGACGGAUGGUCCGGCGCCCGCUCCCGCCUCCACACGCCCCCCCUACAGCCUUAUCCCCCCUCCCCCAGUGUGGGUGCAGCGGAACCAGGGCCUCGCUCGCAGCUGGGUGGAACUCAUCCGUGAGAAGGCAGGGUACGUGUCUGGCAUGUUGGCACCGGUGGGCAUUGGCAUAGCUGGAGCUUUGCUCAUCGUCGGGGCGCUCUAUAGCAUCAGGAUGAUCCACCGCAAGAGGAGGAACAGCUUCAAACACCAACGCAGGAAGCAAACCAGAGAGGUGCGAACCGGCCAGGACCAAGCCAUGCUAUUGGCCGACAGCUCAGAGGACGAGUUCUGAGACAUGCACUCACACCUGUUGUCAUGGAGAAGAAGGGAUGCCCUUACUACUCCCACCCCUACCCCUUGCACCGGACCAUCUAGUCAACAUACACACAAAUACACACACACACACACACACACACACACACACACACACAGCGCUGAAGAGGAAGUUCCCUCAGGCACCAUGCUAUCUCUGAUUAGCCACACAGCUGCUGACUGUGGCCUGGCUGUGGCCCUGAUCUGGUGUGUGUGUGUGUGUAUGUGUGUGUGUGACUGUGGCUCUGAUCUGGUUCUGUUCCAGUAGGUCCACACAAGAUUUACACCCUUCAACCAUUCACUGAUAAGCACUGUCUACUCUGGCUUGUGCAUGUGUGUGUGUGCGUGUGCGUGUGUGUGUGACUGUGGCUCUGAUCUGGUUCUCCUUCAGUGGGUCCACACAACAUUUGCAAGUGUACCACACAUUAACUAAAGUUAAUUGAAUGACAUGGCAAAAAUGGAUUUUGAAAAUGUAAUGGAACAUGAAAAUUGUUUUGCAAUUAGUUUGCAAGACUUAACCUUUUGCUUGGUGUUGAUACAAUCGGGGCCCAAGAUGUGCUCCAGACCUGGGCCACGUCUGAACCGCACUCAGCUCCCUGCUGGUUUGGGCCUGCAGACAUCUCUCAGCCAUGCCUACAGUCCAUGGAGCAGAUCACUUAAGAGUCCAAAAGUGGCCGGUGCGUAUCAUAGACCAGCCCAUCUGCCCCCUGUCCCAACCCCGUGUGCUCUGUAAAUAUCCUGCUGCUGCAUUCAGUGAAUUAUUUAAUUAAAUUAGAUGUAAAUUAAAUACAGAAACAAUGCAGGCCACAAUCAACAUUAACAUUUCUGCAACUCAAACCAGCAAAAUAUUAGCAUAAUACAGUAAAAUUAAGAGUAGGACUUUGAUUAUAUACAAAUGGCUAUUUUUCGCCUUACUGAUAAUUUUUUGAAAUCAUGUUAUUGUAAAUAUUGACUUUUGGUUUUCUCUCGCAAAAGAGAAAAGAUGUACAGAUUGUCAUUGUUUGUUUUCAGAGCAUGGAAGAGAAAUAACUUCAUCAACCUGCUGUUCAGUACAACAUACAUGUCAUAUCACUGGAAAGAGUUUGUUUAUUUUCAUGCAGUGUGCAUGGUAACCAACCCAUGAAGUAUCGCCUCUGAAUUGGAAACAUUUGAGACAACCUUGACCUUGAAGUUUUCAGAGUUAAAGACUCGAUACUGUUGAUGUCAAGGUUGACCCUCAUCGUGGUGGACAUCAUGUAUGCUUGCUGCCACAAGUGAAGGUGUUUUAAGACUGAUUAUCCUUCAUUCACACACAUUGUGCAGCAAAUCAGCAGCAGUCGACACUGGAAUGGGUCUCCUUGAUUUAGCCUGGAUGUGGCUUGAAUUGAGCCUCUAAGCUCGAUUUGGACCAGAUCUGGUUUUAAUUGAACCAUGGGGUUAAUUGAGUAAAUUGAGCCAGAGUCUAAGCUGCAUUCAGACAGGAAGAGACUAGCGGUGAAAGAACAUGGAAUGGUAAUUAAAUUCUGUAACCAUCGACUCUUAACCCUGUCCAUUCCAGGUCAGGUGCCAUCUGGUUGCGAUUUUCUCUCUCAUUUGGAUAAACCUUUACGCCUGCUUGCUUUACCACGCUUCUGGACAGAUCUACUCAAUACACCUGCUUGCUUUAUAGUGCAUUUGGGCAACUCCUACAUACCUGCUUGCUGUGUCAUGAGAAUGGGUCAGGAGUGGUCAUCUUUCAUUAUGAGUUAACAGUACUACCACACAGACACGCAUUCAAAGUUAAAUCCAGUAACAAAUAGUCUCUUCUCACUGGUUGGUAUGUAAUGGACACCUAUAGCUUUCAGAUACCCUCUCCUGUCUUUGACUCUGUGCAGUGCCACCUGUUUUCUCUGUAAUGUGAAUGCACUGAUUGCCUGUGCCCAUGUAAUUAUGCUCUAAGUGUCAUGUGGCCUAUGAUUACAGCAGCCAUAUUUUGGUCUGUUAUACUGUUGACAAUCUGUAACUCCCAAUAAACUCACCUUUGACCUGG